AUGGCUCUAAUUACGAUUGAGCGAAUUAUCCCUGCUACCGUACAAAGUAGUCUGAUGCUCAAUUCGCCUCAGAAUGAUUUGCAAGAAGAAGAACGUUUAACGGAAAUAUACAUAUCAGUCCGUGGGGCUGAUGUCGUAUUUCCGUACAAUGAGUGUCACAGCUUCUCGAAAACGAGCUACAAGACCGUAUUUUCUGAUAUUCAGAAGCACUUGCAGGCAAUCUUGAAACUUCUCAGGCCAAAUGAUAAGAUGAAAAUGGCUGUUCGCCUUGAGUCGCUGAACAUGAACUCGACUCGCACCCGUUACCUCCUGGUGGUGGUCAACGGUGCCGAUGAGAGCUGUCUUCUAGGCAUCGAUUACGAGAAUGAAGCCACCAUCGGCCUCGUCCUGGCCAUCUACAACGAUAUGGUCAUUUCGCUGGACGGUGACGGUGGAUUUCGAAUCACCAGCGGCACUCGGCAUCACAUCUUCAAACCCGUUUCAGUUCAGGCCAUGUGGUCUGCCUUUCAGGCGCUGCACCUGGCUACGAAGAAAUCAGUGAAGAACAACUACUUUGAGGGCGGGAGCUCCCACUCGUGGAUCAGCUACUACCAGGAGCGAAUUAAGUCCAAGUCCUUCUACCUUCAUGAGUGGCACACCAUCACCGAUGCUUCAGAGACGACCAACAAUCUCUAUGAGUACACCAACAAACCUGCUGAGCAGUUGAACUUUGAAGAGCUGAUCACGGCCAAUCUCAAGAAGAUUAUGAUGUCAGUGGACCUGGAGCAAGUCACCUCAAAGGAGAUUCGCAGCGAGCUAGAAGGCCGACUGAGGCGCGACUUGACGGAGUUUAAGUCGUACAUUGACAAGGAGAUGAUCAGGAUAAUGGGACAGAUGGACGAGGCUUCGAAGAUACUGGAUUACCUCUACCUCGGCUCAGAGUGGAACGCCUCCAACUUUGAGGAGCUGAAGGGAAAGGGCGUCAAAAAGAUACUUAACGUUACCAGUGAGAUUGACAACUUCUUUCCCGGCUCUUUCGAGUACUACAACAUUCGCGUGGAGGACUCUGAGACGACAGACAUGUUGAGGUACCUCAAUGACACCUACAACUACAUCAACAAGUCAAAAUCGGAAGGUCCCGUCCUGGUGCACUGUAAGAAGGGCAUCUCUCGGUCGGCCAGUGUCGUCGUCGCCUACAUUAUGAAGGAAAAAAACUGCAAUUUGCUCGAGGCACUGGAGUAUGUGAAGAAGAUGCGCAGUACCAUUCGACCGAAUCCAGAGUUUCUAAAGCAACUGGAAAUCUACCAGGGAAUGCUCAAUGCGAGGUGA